AUGGCCUCGCCUUUGCUACGCCUCCUCUUUUCCGUGGUCUUUCUCCUGACGGUGCCUUCCGACGCAGUCCGCACAGACCGUGACACGCAAGGGCACAGUGCGAAGGCAGCUUCGAGCGACACGAAGCACGCGGGAGCCUCACAGGCCGUUGAGGGACAAGAAACAGAGGAUAAGACGAGUGGUUGCUGGUACAAGCCUGAGGGUGCCCGGUGCACCGGGUCAAUCAACACAAUUAUGGGCAAGGAGCUCAUCAGUGGUACGUGCCAAUGCACCGGCGAGCGCUACAGCUUGAAGGAAGUCGGCUUCAAACAUAUGACGUUGUGGCGACACUGCAAAGACGACAAGUUGAAGUGCAAGCCCUGGAAGCUCUUCGGAUGA